AUGGAAGAAGGUGUCAUGUAUGCUGAUCUGCGCUUUCCCCCCACUCCAGCUCCUCAGCAGCAAAUGCGCCUGCCCUGGUCCUGGGUAGCACUCAGCCUGGGUCUCCUCUCCCUGAUGCUUCUGCUGGCACAAAUCAUCCUUGUCAGCCUGAGUUUCCACUAUUUAAUGCAACAACAAACAAGCUGCACACACGGUCUCUGGAGUACAGAGGAGAGUCCCAGCUAUGGGAAACAGACACUGGAAGGACAAUGCCAGUUUUGCCCGGUUGGCUGGCUCUGGGAUGCGGGGCAGUGCUACUACUUCUCCUCUGCCAAAAAGAGCUGGGAGCAGAGCAGAGAGGACUGCUGUUCCAGAGGGGCACAGCUCGUCACCAUCCAAGCCAACACCACCUUGGCUUUCCUGGUGCGCACAGCUAACAUGGAUGCCUUUCAUGUGGGACUGAAGCAGGAUGGCAUCAGGUCUGACUGGAAGUGGCUGGAUGGCACCAUGAUGGAAGGGAUCUUCCCAAUCCAGCGCUACACCAGGUCUUUCCAGGCAUGUGGCAGGGUGUCAGGUUUGGGACUUUUAGGUGGUGCAUGCACGGAAGCCCUCAGAUGGAUCUGCAAGCAGAGGGCAACCACUCUGCAGUGGCUCCAGUCCUCACCUCCUGCCUUCCUCUGGGGAAACACCACCUACAGCUGUGUGAGGCCCUGA